UUCAGCGAAAUAGAUGUAACAAAUAAAAAAUAUCUGUGGUAUUAUAUAUAUAUAUAUAUAUAUAUAUAUAUAUAAUCAUAUACAUAUUCAUUCAUAUCGUUAUUUGAAUUACUGUUUCUGUUAGGAAUUCUGAUCUGAGCUUUGGAGAGAAUCGGCCAUGUCGAUGCUCAAUUCUUUCUUCAACCAGGGCUUCAAAGCGGCGAGAUGCAAAACACUACUAAAACUGACCAUUCCGCGCAUAAAGUUACUAAGGAACAGGAGAGAGAUUCAGAUAAAGCAGAUGCGCCGUGACAUUGCCAAGCUCCUUGAGACGGGUCAAGAAGCCACUGCUCGAAUUCGGGUUGAGCAUAUUAUAAGGGAAGAGAAAAUGAUAGCUGCACAGGAGAUCAUUGAGCUAUUCUGUGAGCUUAUUACUGCCCGCCUUCUCAUAAUUGAAACACAAAGGGAAUGUCCUCUAGACUUGAAAGAAGCGAUUUCUAGUGUGUGUUUUGCCGCACCAAGGUGUGCAGAUCUGCCUGAGUUGCUGCAGUUUCAAAUGCUAUUAGCUAGCAAAUACGGGAAGGAAUUUGUAUCAGCUGCAACUGAGCUCAUGCCAGAAUGUGGUGUCAAUCGCCAGUUGGUAGAACUGUUAUCUGUCCGUGCUCCUGCUGCCGAUGUGAAACUUAAGAUGCUGAAGGAAAUUGCAGAAGAGCACGACUUAGAUUGGGAUCCAGCUGCCUCUGAAACUGAAUUUUUGAAGCCACAUGAAGACUUACUGAACGGGCCAACGCAGUUUGUCAGUGGGCCUAAAUUGCCCCUUUCCGAAGAGGAACAAGACGAAUCAUUGUGCUCUGCCGUGGAACAAGUCCCCAAUAAACAAUCAGAUUCCGAUCCAGCCUUCAACCCAUCAGAUUUUCCUGAAGUUCCCAAGGAAUCACUAAAACCAAGUGUGGGUACUGCCCCAGCACUAGAAAUGCUCCCUUUCCCUCUCCCUCCACUGCCUGAGGUCAAUAAGGAAUCACCAAAAAAAUCUGAAACAAAUGAGAAUCUGUCGCAUGAAUCACACACAGAGCCUGCGAAAAUGUUGCAGAAGGAAACGGUGGUGCCUAAUGAAUGUGAACCUCCGAAUAUUUCAGUUGGUCCGGUGGAAGAUAAACAGUUUUUGCCAUUCAUAUCUCCUCCACCACUAUCUUCUGAGUCAUUUUCUGCGAGACAAAGUGAUCCUCCUCCCUCCAUCCCAAGGAUCAAAAUUAACGGCAAUAUAGAUUUGCAGGAUAUAUUGGCUGCUGCUCAGACCGCUGCGGAAAUGGCUGAACUUGCGGCAACUGCUGCUCGCUCUGCAGCUAACCUUGCACAGGUUAGAAUCAGUGAAGUUGUCAAGAAAAAGGAUGAUGAGAACUUGUUCCAUGCAGAUCCUUGUCAGUCUGGUGCAAUGGAGAACCCAUAUUUUGAUCAUCAGAACUCCCGGGAUGAUUCCGGUGAUGCUUCAAAUACCCCAAGCCCUCGUCAAGAAAAUCACCCUUCAUAUGCCAAUCCCAAAGUGGAAACUGGUUCUCCUAUUUCCAGUGAAUAUGUUCUUGGACAUGAUACCACACUUCACCAACCUCAGCGGUUGAAUUCGAUGGAUAAUGAAGUUUUCUUCUCAUACCCAAACUUGUUCGUAUCAAAGGACUCGAAUUUGGAAUCUGGUGUCCGUCCAUUAGCAGAUGAUAUCCGGACCACCCAUGAGCUUUGAGUUGGCUAUCUACCAGUCACUGAGACUUCUCCAUAAGUUUUUUUAGCUCUCCGGUGAGUGAUUUCGAUGUGGUAAUGAAGUUCUUAGACAUAUUUAUGAAAUGUGGUGUUAGAUUUAUUCAUUUCUUCCGUAAUACAGAGCAGUUUUAGGCAGUUCAAAAUACACAAUGUUUUUGAAGUAUGUAAUAUAUAUAUAUAACCUUUAUCUAUUUCAGGAAAUAGAGGCCUUCCAUAUAUUUCACAUCUAUAUUUUGUGGUGUUCUUUAGAUCAAA